GAGGAUCACAUGAGCAGAGAUCUGUUUACAAACUAAAGCUGGGAGGCUGAGGCAGCGAGAAACACAGCAGCGAACACUCUGAGAUAGAUAGACAACCACAGCCUUGCUUGACUCUCACACACACACAGAUAGAUAAUGCUCCACCCUACACCCAUUCCAGAGAGAACAAGCAAUUCAGCUACUGUGUGUUGUUGUUUUUUUUUUUUUCCUCUUCGAGGUUUGAAGGACCAGAUGGUUUGAGGUGGCAAGAAAAACACUCCCCCAUACAGGCUGCAUAGACAGUCAUACAUGCAACCACACACUCGGCUUCAAGGCUUUUAAGGGGACGCUUUCUUUUUCUUCUCGUCCUGGUUUUUUUUUUUUUUUUUUUUGGGAAAGGCCCUGCGUAAGGAAUAUCUUUUGACGGAUCAGAUCAGCCAUUUUCAGACAGAGACAAAGAAGAGGACUUUCCAAAGACGCACAUUGACACCAGAUUACAAAACAAGAAAAAAAAAUUCUUUUGAGGGAUAUGUUUUCCUAGAUCUUUUAUCUUUUUUUUUUUUCUCCAGCAGUUGGAAUCAUCUUGAAGGAUCAGAAGAGCUUGAGAGAGUGUUGUUGUAUGAGACUCAUGGAGAUAAUCUUCAAGCUAAUGUGACUCUUAACUUGUGUUGUGUGUGUGUGUGUGUGUGAGAGAGAGAGAGAGACAAUGAAAGUGGUUUGAUUCGAGAUUUCUUCAGGUCGGGUCACUUUAACACUCCAGUCGAGUCGUUCUCCAAAACACAGGAAACGAACAGCAAGGACACGACAUGAUCCCUUUGUCUUUGUGGUCGCGCGCACGCCAGGAUCUUUUGUGUGGCGAUUCUCGACGACAGCCGACGAUGACAACAAAAUAAUUAGCGCAGAAAAGCGAGGUCUUCCUCAGCGAGCUUCCGGAAGUCGGAAACCUCGGACGUUUAACUCGAACCGACUCGAAGUUCUAAGUUUAUUUUGAAAAAAAAAAAAAAGACACAAACAUCAAAAGAAUAUAUCGCGGUUUUGGUGAAAGUAUCGGUUCGGAUGCGCGCGGAGUUCCGUGUUCGAUUACAUGCAGCCAUUCCAAUGGUGUAACGGCUGCCUUUGUGGAGGAGGACUGCAGCGCUCACACUGCGAUAUGUCGUCGGAAGAUCUGUACCAUUUGCCGCUCAACGUCUACGUUAUCGUGCUGGGCAUCGGCUUGUUCAUCUUCAUGCUCAGUGUCAUCUUCUGUUGCUACUUGUUCAGGUUGAAGCAACAAGACACUAGACAACAGUACAGCUACAAUGAGGUGGUGCUGAAAGGGGCAGGGAAGAAGCUGAGCCUUCUUGGAGUACGUGUGCAAGCUCUCAUGUGCAACCCUGUGCAGUGUGUCUGGAGGAGUUUAAAACCCGGGACGAGCUGGGCGUGUGUCCAUGCUCGCACACUUUCCAUAAGAAGUGCCUGUUGAAAUGGCUGGAGAUUCGCAGUGUCUGCCCCAUGUGCAACAAGCCCAUCAUGCGGCUGCACACCACUCCCCGAGGAGCAGAGGGGCCACAGGAUCCUGAGGAAGUGUGAUCCAAUUUAAAAA